AUGGAUACUGUAGGACAGGUAAACAACACGAGAGCAUCGCGCACAUACACAAUCCACGAUAACACAAUGGCACGCGCCAAGGUUCCAGCUAAGCCGUGCGAGGGUACCCGCCGCUCUGCGAGACUGAGCGGGAAGAAGGCCACGCCUCCUCCUCCUAGACCCGACAGGCACCGCCACUCGCGCCGACCUUCAUCUCCUCACUCGCCUCGUCUUGCGACACAGCCUGAUUCCCACCCUGACUCAUCCAGCAUCGACGAGCCGCCACCUCCCACACCUUCCGCAAUCGAAACCAAUACCUUUGAACAGACUCAUCGUCAGCUGCCACGCCGUUCCUCGUCGGGAAACCCGCUCCUACCUGAGGCAGCGACCUGCCCGAAGCCUACUACGCCGACCAUGCCCCGUCUUCCGGUGUCCCCCAUGCCAGCGUUUAUUCAUUGGCCAGGCCCGCAGGACGUUCAUUACAAACGUCAGAGCAUCUCACCCGAGGUGCUUUCGGACUCGGACAACGAGAUGGAGGUCGACGUCAGCGAGAUGGAGGACGACGACAGCAGCGACCGGGAGGACGAAGUCGCCGACAGCUCUGUCGGCGACUUGGAGGAGACCAACCUCCCUGAAGCGGGUGUCCCAGCUGCGGGCGAUAUCACGGUCAACGACACCCCGACCGGUGACUUGCCCAACCCGUCCGUCUCUCCUCCUACCGAAACUGAGAUCCCUUUGACUUUUGAAGUCGUUGACGACACACGUCCUCCUCUGACUCCGACCAGCGGUUUGCCCAACCCGUCGGGCUCCUCCCCUGCCGAGGCUGAUAUCCCGUUUACCUUUCAAGCCGUUGACGACACAUACGCUACUCGUCCGGUCUCGCGGCCACCUCCCAGCGCUCCUCGCGCCCCGUUCUUCCGCAGGAAGGUGACACUGUCACUGUUCGCCGGCAAGAAGCGCGCAGCCUCGCGUCUUUCCCAGAAGGCCGAAGCCAACAUGGACCUCUUCAAGAAGAUCAAGCGCGGUGCCGACGUUGUCGUCUGCCGGGCAUUGCCCAUUGUCCGCGCAGUUGCCUGUGGCGCCGCUGUCCUCGCUGCUGGGGCUGCUGGGAAAGCUAUGACAUACCACCUUCUCAAGGGCACCCGGGUCACUGGCUUCGGCCUGGCCUGUUAUGUGGCCGUGGCCAAGUGGCAGGACACGGCGUACCCCAUGCCUGCUUACCCUAUGUGUCAGCACAUUAUUGGCCUCGAGCAGACCAUGUCCACCUGGCUGCAGUAG